UUGUACUUUGAUUAGGUUGCGGUUGUGGAGUGGGACGCAGAGAGCUUUACGUCGCUUCGCCAGACAAUCGGCCUUCUGUUGAGCUUUACCCUCUCCAUCCAUCCUUACGUUUAAUCAUGGCUGCACGAGGUGCUGGCGCCGCUGGCGGCAAGUCUUGCCAGUUCAAGCUCGUUCUUCUCGGCGAAUCAGCGGUGGGCAAGUCAAGCCUGGUUCUCCGCUUUGUCAAGGGCCAGUUCCACGAGUAUCAGGAGAGCACCAUUGGUGCUGCCUUUUUGACACAGACGGUUGCCGUGGACGAUGUGACGGUCAAGUUUGAGAUCUGGGACACGGCCGGCCAGGAGCGCUACCACUCGCUUGCCCCCAUGUAUUACCGCGGUGCUCAGGCUGCCAUUGUGGUCUAUGAUAUUACCAACGCCGACACAUUCCAGCGUGCCCGGUCAUGGGUUAAGGAACUCCAACGACAGGCCAACCCCAACAUUGUCAUUGCGCUAGCAGGCAACAAGGCUGAUUUGGCCUCCAAGCAACAGGUGGACACCAACGAGGCGAGGGCGUAUGCCGAGGAGAACGGCUUACUCUUUAUGGAGACAUCAGCCAAGAACGCCAUGAACGUGACGGAGAUCUUUAUGGCCAUCGCGAAAAAGCUGCCCAAAAACACGCAGCCUGGACCUCGCGGUGAUACCCUGAAGGUGGCGGACGACGGCAAGAAGCAGGGCGGUGGCUGCUGCUAAGCAGGGCCAUCCCAGACUGCGCCAAGUGCGCGGCCUGGUUGGUGGCUCUGAAGCGGCCCUGUCCUUCUCCACUCAGCCUCGUUUCCGUGUGCUGCUGCUGUCACCGGUACUUUUGCCGAUUGGUGUCGUAACUUUCUUCUUAGGCCUCCUGCCUCGUUAUACCUGUUCGUUGCUGUGGCUGUUUAACCAUUCUUGUGUGUGCAUGUUUGCGUCUGUUGUCCCCUGGCGUCUCCCUUUCGUCACGCGCCCCGUUCAAAUCCGUCAUGUCAAAUCGAGGAUGUUGAUC